AUGCAUCCCUUCUACAGUCGGGCCGCCACCAUGAUAGGCGAGAUCGCCGCCGCCGUAUCCUUCAUCUCUAAGUUCCUCCGCACCAAGGGGCUCACGAGCGAGCGACAACUGCAGACCUUCAGCCAGAGCCUGCAGGAGCUGUUGGCAGAACAUUAUAAACAUCACUGGUUCCCAGAGAAGCCCUGCAAGGGAUCAGGUUACCGUUGUAUUCGCAUCAACCAUAAAAUGGAUCCUCUGAUUGGACAGGCAGCGCAGCGGAUUGGACUGAGCAGUCAGGAGCUGUUCAGGCUUCUCCCAAGUGAACUCACGCUCUGGGUUGACCCGUACGAAGUGUCCUACAGAAUUGGCGAGGAUGGCUCCAUCUGUGUGCUGUACGAAGCCUCACCAGCAGGAGGUAGCACCCAAAACAGCACCAACGUGCAAAUGGUAGACAGCAGAAUCAGCUGUAAGGAGGAACUUCUCUUGGGCAGAACAAGCCCUUCCAAAAACUACAAUAUGAUGACUGUAUCAGGUUAA